GUGUUUGGCAAGCCUGUCUCAAGAACUCCCGCCUUUUGUGAAUAUACUGGCAUUCUGCAUAUAAAGCAAUUCAACGAGGAGUGUUAAUUCAUGUUUUCGUCUGGUUUUGGUUUCGGGUUUAGAGGACCUUAGGUGGAUUCUAUAUAUGUUAUUGAGAAGCAAAGUGAAACGUGUGAUCGGGCUGUGUAGUGAGGAUAUGAAAAGUAUAGUGACAGUAGUAUAAAAAAUUGUUUAUGGUGCCUCUCAACUCAAUUGCCAUAAUUUGUUUCACAUCAUUGUAUUCACCGGUGUUGUGAGAGCCAUUCACAACACAAGUACAAAAAAUUUGGAAAUGACAGAUGAAACAAUUCUUCCCUCAUUAGAAGAAUGGUUAGACACAAUGUCAUUUUCUAUGUCACCAGAUCAUCUGAAAAGGAUCUCUUGCCAAGAAAAGCUAAAGCCAAUCCUUAAUGCAUUGAUUACUUUUGUGCGUCCAAAAGAGACAGUGAGGAAGGCAAAGCAUAUUUUACUAACCAAGAAACAGAAGAGCCAAGAAGCUUGUAAAGAACUUGAAGCAAUGAAGAAAAGAAAUAAAUUGAAGGAACAAUUGCGAUGUAAAGAGGAAGAAUUUGUUAUGAAAAAAAAAGAAUACACAAAACUUCUCAAUGAAAAUAAAAAUUUAUUACAAGAAAUUCAGUGGACACUGAGCAUCUUGAAUGACGAGAAAAAGAAGUUUCUUUUUCUGUUAUUAAAUGAAAAAGCACUGAAUGACACAACAGUGCAAUAUCAUUUGUUGAGGAAGAGUGUUCUUGAAGCGAAAGAGAAAGAAAGUAAAAAAAAGGAGAAACUUGGACCUUUGCAAGAUUUCAGUGAAGUAAGAGAAGCAGUUUUUGAAUGUCAAGAAUACAUUUUGAAUACACGGAAGAAAAAAGAGGUGCAAUUAGAAAGUAUUCAAAAUAUUUCCAGAGAAUAUGGUUGUAAUGGUACCAAUACUGAAACUUUGGAAUGGAGAUAUGACAUUAUUGAGUUUGUGUCUAAGAAAUUAGGAAAUAUUCCUUUAAAGAGGGUAUUUGAAGUUCUUUUAGAGCAGAAGCAGCAAAUUAUAAAUUCCAUUCAACAUCCACCUAGCACAACCAAUUCAGAUGAAACAAUUCAGUUUGUGCCAAGAAAAACAAAUUCAGACACAGCUUUUGUAAAAAGAACUUAUGAUAGGUUACAAGCAAAAAGUAAUUUCAAAGCAUUGGAAAGUAAUUUCUUUCUUUCAAAUUAUGCAGAGCGAAAUGGAUUGAUUGACAGCAAAUCAUAUUCAAAAACAAAACAGUUGAUGAAUGAAAGUAGGAUAUCAUUAUCAAGAAAUGGUGAGGAUACUGCUAGCUGUCAAGUAAUGGAGAAUUUGAAAUUGUCUGAGAGUAAUCUGCUGAGUAUUGAAAAUCAAAUUGCAGAAAAGGCAAUCGAGUGCAAAAAUUUAAAAAUACAUUUGAAAAAAAAUCUUACUGAAGUGUCAAGAAGAUUGUCUGGUAUAAAACAGUUUUGUAAAAGAAUCUCCAACUCUGGCCGGCAUGGCUUGCCUAAGGAGGACUGUCAACAUGGGCUGCAAACAAAUGAAUUGUAUAGUUGCAUGGAAGAGCUUUGCCAGCUAGGGCCGAAGGAGAUUCAGCUUUUUGCCGAUUUACCCCUUAUUGCUCUAGAGAAAUUGACCUUGGAGAAUGGAAAAAGUGUGCCAGUUUACGAACUUCAUUCUCACUACCUCAGAGUUCUUUCUAAUACUCCCAAGUUGUCCAAAUCAACUUUACCUGUGAUGAAAGAUUCCUGUGGACUGGCACCACAUUACUUGUUGCUGCAUGUUUGGAAUCAGUUAAGCUAUCUUGGAGAACUUCAAAAAGCCCACUCCCUGAUGAAACCAUUUUCUGCGACUUCUGUAAAUUCAAGAGUUGAACCAGAAGAUAGAUCUGAAAAACUUGAGAUGAUACAUGACAGUUUUCUUGGUAUUAUAUCAAAGUUUGCAUCUGUGUCGGAUGAAAUUGGGAUGCUUUUAGAUAUUAUGAGGCACCAUCCAUUGACUGAUCUUGUUCCCAAGGAUCUCUUUAUGGAAGGCCAGCCAAUUCAGUUUUAUAUAAAUUUGUUUAACAAAACAAAGGAAAAUGAAAAUCAUUUUUCUGGUAUUACUGAAGAACAUUUGGAAGAAUUGUAAAAUCAUGAAAUUUUUCCUUUUUUUCCCAUUAAUAUUCAAAAAAUGUUGCUUAGUGUUAAUAAAAAAAGUAUAAUCUGUUAAAAGCCAAGCAUGUUAUUGUGCUGUAAUUAAAAAUUUAUUUCUGUAUUCAAUUUGUAUACAAUUAUAACAUCAGGGGAGAUAUUUCUGUGAGUCGUUUCAGUGAACCAUCAUGUUCCUAAUUAUUGGUAAUAAAUGAUUGUGGGCCUGUCUUGUCCCAAAAGGAUAGAUAUUUGUAGAAAUUGUUUGUUUAAUAUUUACCACUUUUGUUGAAGCCUCUAUUUCCCUGGAACUUUCUAUGUGUUUCCAAGAAGCAAAGUGCAACUGUACUCACUAGCAUCCUUUGCUGGAAUGAUGCUUUUGGGUUUCUGUACUUUGAUCACCAUAGUCUCUCUCCAGCAAGUAGAACUACGCCAUACAGCAUCUCUCACACCCAAGCUUCCAUCUUCUAUCUUGCCAAUCAUCUUCUUUAAUGUAACGAUUUCUCAUUGUCUGUUACACACCAUCAUACCAUGAUAAUAUCUACCUCUCUUUCUGUGCAUUGGCUUCUGUCACCACCAAGUUUUUAAUAGUCAUCUUUCCUCUGGCAUUCUUCUAAGAUGCCUGUAUCAUUUUCACCUUCUCUUUCUCCUAUUUUAUCCACUGCAUCCGAAAUGACUCCCAUUUACUGCCUUACAUUUAAUUUCUGAUUCUUAACAACCUAGUCAUCUUCCAUUACUAAAUCUUUUCUGAUCCCUUCUACCACCAUGUGGAGUCUUUUUGAAAUUGGUUUUCAAGCUCCAUUUUCCAUAUUCCUCAUUUAAUUUCCUUAAAAUAUGAGUAUUCUCUUCAUCCUCUGCAAAUAUCACUUGGUUACCUCAGUCAUGAACCAAAAUGCGUUGAGCUCUGAUUCAUGAAACUAGCAAUGCAGCAGUCCUAUUUUUUGAAAAAACAAAUUUAAAUUUACUUGAAGGGACUAAAUAUCUAUGAAUUCUAGAUUUUCUUGCUUUGCAUGUAAUAUUCAGUUUUCUUUCUGAUGAGGGAGCACUCCAGAAAAUUUGAAAAUUACUCUUUUGCAUCACCAUAUUAUGAAAGGAAUAGUAAUAGAGAAUUGUGAAUGAAAAUCAUAUUUGCAUUUUAUUUUUUGCAGAGUAAUAUGUCGAAUAUAUAACAGUGUGCUUAUUGAUUCAUUUUUUCAGAUUAGGAUUUAUUAAUUGAAAAUAUGAGCAGUCAUUAUU